AUGGCCGUAAGUCGUAUGAAAUGCCUGGAGAAAACACUGUCCAGGGAUCCUCGACUUGAAGAACGAGUUCGGGAACAAAUCACUAGCUACUUGCAUAAGGGUUACGCUCACGUCGCUACGAAUGAAGAGAUCGUUCAAACGAGUCCACGAAAGGUUUGGUAUUUGCCUUUAGGUGUAGUAACCAAUCCGAAAAAACCCAGUAAAAUAAGACUGAUUUGGGACGCGGCAGCCCAGGUCAACGGGGUGUCUUUCAAUUCGAAGAUGUUAAAGGGUCCAGAUCUCGUGACUCCUCUUCCCGCAGUGCUUUAUCGGUUUAGGCAACGAGCAGUAGCAGUGUGCGCCGACAUCAAGGAAAUGUUCCACCAAAUAAGAAUAAGGAACGAGGACCGACAGUCACAACGCUUUCUGUGGAGGAGUAACUGCAAUGAAAGACCAACCAUCUUUGUCAUGGAUGUAGCCACUUUUGGGUCUGCUUGCUCCCCGUGCUCCGCCCAAUAUAUUAAAAAUCUCAAUGCGAAGGAAUUUGCUGAUAAGUACCCGGAUGCUUCAGAGGCCAUAGAGAAUGGCCACUAUGUUGAUGACUUUCUAGACAGCCGGGACACUAACGAAGAGGUCUUUCGCGUGGCAGAGGAUGUACGAAAAGUGCACAGUCUAGGAGGGUUUGAUUUGCGGAACUUUGUCUCAAACUCAGUGGAAGUUUUGGAUAAACUAGGAGAAGUAGAUCCUUCGCUUGUAAAAGUGCUGAACCUGACGGAGAGUGGUAGUUCGGAGUCUGUCCUAGGCAUACGCUGGUUACCGCAAACAGACGAGUUGACCUUUUCUGCUGACAUAACGAAUAUUCGUCAAUUCGUAUGCGACAAAGUCCGUCCGACUAAACGUCAAGUGUUACGGAUUGUAAUGAGCCUUUAUGAUCCCCUCGGCUUGCUAGCCGCAUACCUCAUACACGGUAGAAUUAUCAUCCAAGACACCUGGAGAACAAAGUGCGAGUGGGAUGAAGAAGUGAAUGAUACUAUCUAUGCAGAUUGGAAGCGUUGGAUUAACCUUCUGCCUAAGAUAACCGAAGUAACAGUUCCUCGAGCCUAUUUCGGCUCGUGUAUUCCAGAGCUAUGCCAGCCACUUCAGUUGCACAUGUUUGUGGAUGCGAGUACGGAAGCGUAUGCGAGUGUCGUGUACAUCCGGUUUAUGGUAGCAGGCAAACCUCGAUGCGCCCUAGUUGGUGCGAAAGCAAAAGUGGCCCCAAUAAAACCUCUCUCUGUACCUAGACUUGAAUUGCAAGCGGCGACUGUAGGUACUAGAUUUUUGCAGUACAUUAUCGAUCACCACAAGUUACCAUUUAAUCAGAAAUAUCUGUGGACAGAUUCGUCCACAGUAAUGCAUUGGAUACACUCAACACAACGAAAAUACCCACAAUACGUAGGUUGUCGCGUCGGCGAGAUAUUGACCCAUACUAAUCCUGGUGAAUGGCGAUGGGUUCCAACAAAACAAAAUGUAGCCGACGAAGCUACAAAGUGGGGGCAAAGCCCAAGUUUUGAUCCAAGCAGUAGAUGGUUUCGGGGACCAGAGUUCCUCUGGGAACCUGAAGAGUCAUGGCCACAGCAAAAUUGGACGAUCUCCAAACCAGAAAGUGAAACAUAUGUAGUGAAUGUUCAUAGUAUAAUCGCAGAACCGUUAAUCGAAGUCACCCGAUUCUCAAAGUGGGAAAGAAUGCUACGAGCGUCAGCGUACGUGUUCCUGUUCAUCAGUAUCUCCCAACGUCGUUCGGGUAGAUCUCCUAAACUACUAGAACGCACGUUCCAGCAGCAAGCAGAAACUGCAUUGUGGAAAAUUAUCCAGCGAGAAUCCUACCCGGGCAUGGUUGCCGAGCUGCUGAAGAAUACAACUAUAAAGCCUUCGGGGGCGGUACCGAUAUACUAUCCGCAGUUUAAAACAACAGUAAUUAUCGAUGAAGAGGGAGUGGUUCGUUUGGAUGGUCGUAUCGGCGCCGCCCCCAACUUGCCGAUCGAAGCUAAGUAUCCCGUUAUACUAGCUGCGAACCAUCCGAUAACCUUUCUCUUCGUAGAUUUCUACCAUCGUCGCUUCAAUCAUCGAAACCGUGAGACGGUAUGCAACGAAGUUCGACAACUGGCGUACAUCCCAGGCUUACGAAAUCUUAUCCGAAAGGUAGCUGGACGAUGCCAGUGGUGUAAAGUCUACGCAACGAAGCCAACUCAUCCCAAAAUGGCACCGCUACCGAAGACCAGACUUAUCGCAUUUGAACGGCCAUUUACCAUUGUUGGACUGGACUACUUUGGACCUCUGCUGGUAAAGGUUGGGCGCAGCCAGGUAAAGCGUUGGGUGGCCCUAUUUACCUGCUUCUCCACGCGUGCGGUGCACAUGGAGGUUGCACACAGUCUGUCUACUGCAUCAUGCAAGAUGUGUAUUCGCAGAUCCAUUGCGCGAAGGGGCGCACCGUCCGAAAUCUGCUCGGACAACGGUACAAAUUUCCGAGGAGCAGCAAACGAAUUGCAGGACCAACUGCAACUCAUCAACGAGCAAUGUGCUGAGUCUUUCACGAAUACCACUACCAAAUGGUACUUCAACCCGCCAGCGGCCCCCCACAUGGGCGGAGUCUGGGAGCGGCUAGUCCGCUCAGUAAAGGUAGCCCUAGAGUCCUUUGUAAAUGCUCCACGAGUCCCAGACGAAGAGACAUUCGAAACUAUCAUACUAGAAGCUGAAAGUAUGAUAAACUCCAGGCCACUUACUUACAUACCGCUCGAAUCGGAAGUUCAAGAAGCGUUAACGCCAAUUCACUUCUUGUUAGGAAGCUCAAAUGGUAUACGACAACCACCGCAAGAGCCUACGAAGGCGCUCCAGUGUCUGCGCAGCAAUUGGAAUUUAGCGAAAUACAUUUUAGACGGGUUUUGGCAAAGAUGGAUACGCGAAUAUCUUCCGACGAUAGCCAGGCGCACGAAAUGGUUUUUAGGUGGUAAACCGCUGAAAGUCGGCGAUUUGGUCUUUAUAGUAGAUGAAGGGAAGCGGAAUAGUUGGGUACGUGGACAGGUCGUCGAAUUGUUACUAGGAAAAGACGGUACUGCAAGGCAGGCGUUGGUGAAGACGCAAAACGGAAUCAUUCGGCGUCCAGCCAUAAAGCUCGCUGUGAUUGACAUCUGUCAGGAGAAUUUUGGUAAAACCGAGAUUGGCGAGGUGCACAACUCUGUCUUACGGGCCGGAGAAUGUCGGGACAACGAAGAGGAUCCGAGUACCCUUCAGAAUCAUGACAGCUCGCGGAUGCAGUAA